UCUACUGGCUCCACUACCAGAUCAUCAUGCCUCCUUCAGCAAAUAUGCUUGCCGAUCUGGACAACAAGCACGGAAGGACAUCGUCAAGCUCGAUUGCCAAAGAUAUCGAGCGAGUCGAUGUCUACGAAUACAACAAGUAUGCUGGCAUGGGCCUUACGCAUGAAGAGGCUGAAUUCUACGAUACCUUUCCUGAAGACCAGAGAAAAGCAAUGAUCAGGAAGGUCGAUCUGAGACUUGUACCUGUCCUUGCUGUACUCUACCUUUUCUCCCACAUCGACAGAGCAAACAUCGGUAACGCCAAGAUCGAGGGUAUGAUGGAGGAUCUGAACAUGUCUGGCAUUCAGUACAAUAUAUCUCUCGAUUUUCUUCAUCCCAUACAUCCUGCUGGAAGUGCCAUCGAACGUGCUGCUCAAGAAGUUCAAGCGACCCUCUCACUACAUCGGCAUACUUGUCGUCAGCUGGGGUACCAUCAUGACUCUCACCGGUCUGGUCAAGAACUUCGCUGGCCUGAUGGUGACGAGGGUCUUGCUAGGGGUUGCGGAGGCUGGCUUUUCCCCGGUGCCGUUUAUUUGAUCACUCAUUGGUAUGCCCAAAGACAGGUGCAGACUCGUCUUGCGCUGUUCUAUUGUGCUUCCGCUCUUUCUGGUGCUUGCUCGGGUCUUCUGGCGUUUGCCAUCUCGAAGAUGGACGGCCUCGGUGGAAGGCCGGGUUGGGCGUGGAUCUUCCUUCUUGAGGGCAUGGUCACAGUUAUAGUCGGUAUUGCCUGCUUCUUCAUUAUGCCAGACACACCCAAUCUCUCUGGAAGAUGGCUCAAUGAGAAUGAACGCCGCUAUCUCGUUCUCCAGAACGUCAUAAAAAACGCUGGUCGUGGUACAUCUGACGAUGGCGAGAAGGCCGACAAGUUCAAGUGGAACUACCUCAGAGAUCUGCUUACAGACUACAAAGUCUAUCUCCAAGCAUGGAUCCUCUUCACUGCGUCCGUCUGCGCGUACGGCCUCAAAUUCACCAUGCCCUCAAUCACCAAAUCCAUGGGUUACACAUCCUCACAAGCACAACUCAUGACGAUUCCACCUUAUGUUGCGGGAGCGAUCUCGGCAGUCGCGCUAUCCAAGUUAUCCGAUCGCUUCCAGUGGCGUGCUCCGUUCAUAUUUGGCCAGAUGGCCGUUGUGACUCUCGGCUUCGCAAUGCUCCUAGCACUUGCGCCCAACAUUAAGCAUCAGAUUCCCGCAUGUUAUAUUGGCGUGGUACUUGUCUGUAUUGGUCAAUACCCCACUAACCCUGCUGGAUCUGCUUGGAUCUCAUCGAACCUUGCCGGUGAAUCGAAGAGAGCUAUGGGUAUCGCCCUGAACAUCGCUCUAGGAAAUUGUGGUGGAAUUGUGGGUUCCUACAUCUUUCUUGACAAUGAGAAGCCGGGAUAUCCUACCGGCUUUGGUAUUGGCUUGGGCUUUGCAGCCUUUACUCUGUUUAGCACAGUCAUUCUUGAGCUGUCCUACAUCCGCCUCAACAAGAAAAGAGAGGCUUUGGAUGAGGCCGAGAUCAGGCAAAAGUACAGCGAGGAGGAAUUACAAAAGAUGGGGAGACAGAUCGCCAUUGUUCAAGUACAAGCUGUAGGA